AGAGCCCGCCCCGCCGGGCGGGAGGCGCGGCCCGGCCCGGCCCGGCCGCCAAUGGGCGCGGCGGGGCGGGCACGGCCGCGGCCGGGAUAAGAGGGACGGCGGAGGCCGGGCCUCGCCGGGCAGAGGCGAUAGGAGUGCGGCGGAGACCCUCGGCCGUGAUCUGCCAGCAUGAACCCUUUCCUGACCACGCUGUACCUCUGCUUGGGCGCGGUUCUCGGCGCGCCGAGGCUGGACCCCGAGCUGGACGACCACUGGCAGCUGUGGAAGUCGUGGCACAAGAAGGACUACCAUGAGAGAGAGGAAGGCUGGAGAAGAGUGGUGUGGGAGAAGAAUUUGAAAAUGAUUGAAAUCCAUAAUCUGGAUCACGCAUUAGGAAGACACACCUACAAGUUGGGAAUGAAUCAGUUUGGCGACAUGACAACUGAGGAGUUCAGACAACUGAUGAAUGGUUAUAUACACAAAAAGUCAGAAAGAAAAUACAGAGGAUCCCAGUUUCUUGAGCCGAACUUCCUGGAAGCACCCCGAUCAGUAGAUUGGCGAGAGAAGGGAUAUGUAACUCCAGUUAAAGACCAGGGUCAGUGUGGCUCUUGCUGGGCUUUCAGUACAACGGGAGCUCUUGAAGGGCAGCACUUCAGAAAAACUGGCAAACUUGUUUCACUGAGUGAACAGAAUCUGGUGGACUGCUCUCGCCCUGAAGGGAAUCAAGGUUGUAAUGGUGGUCUCAUGGACCAGGCUUUCCAAUACGUGCAGGAUAACGGGGGCAUUGAUUCAGAGGACUCUUACCCAUACACUGCAAAGGAUGAUGAAGACUGUCGCUACAAGGCAGAAUACAAUGCUGCUAAUGACACUGGCUUUGUUGACAUCCCUCAAGGACACGAAAGAGCUCUCAUGAAAGCAGUUGCAGCUGUGGGUCCAGUCUCUGUUGCUAUUGAUGCAGGCCAUUCUUCAUUUCAGUUCUAUCAGUCAGGUAUCUACUAUGAACCAGACUGCAGCAGUGAAGACUUGGACCAUGGUGUUCUGGUUGUAGGUUAUGGCUUUGAGGGGGAAGAUGUAGAUGGGAAGAAAUACUGGAUUGUUAAGAACAGCUGGGGUGAGAAGUGGGGUGACAAAGGCUAUAUCUACAUGGCCAAGGACAGGAAGAACCACUGUGGAAUAGCAACAGCUGCUAGCUAUCCACUCGUAUAAUUUGAAGACUGAACAUUUCAGUACAAGAGGGGAUUUAAACUGAAUGACCAAACCCAUGUUCACAUGUGGUAGCCUUGUGUCUUUCAAAACUCAACUUGAUUUUUAAAACUCUUGAAGUAUAUUUUACAUGUUGGUGACAUGCCACUUGUUUAAAUUAAUGUAAAUGUUGGUAUGUAAACAGCUUGUAAUAUUGCUGGCUUUUGACUGCUUAAUCCAAUAGAUCCUUUGUAUUUUUCCUUUUUUUUAAAAUUGCAAUGUGUCUAAAGUUUACUUUUUAAAUAAAUACUUAAAUUCCUCUGUAUACAGA